AUGUCUUCGAGGCACGUCUCGCAGCUCCGAAAAUGGAUGCUGGCCUCGCCGCCCAUUGAAUGGGGUAUUGAUAAGUUGAGAGAGUUACUCAUUGGCGCAUUGCGACAAGGUCCUAUUCCUCAACAUGUGGCAUUCGUGAUGGAUGGAAACAGGCGGUUUGCGCGGAGUCAUAAGAUAGAGACAGUGGAGGGACAUAAUUUGGGAUUUGAGGCUUUAGCAAGGAUACUGGAAGUUUGCUAUAAGUCUGGAGUCAAAGUCGUUACAGUUUACGCAUUCAGUAUUGAGAAUUUUAAACGGUCGAAAUACGAGGUGGAUGCUCUCAUGGAAAUGGCAAAGGUUAAGCUGGUACAAUUGGCGCAACAUGGGGAUCUUCUGGAUAGGUACGGGGCUAGCGUUCGAGUUCUUGGUCAGAGGAAUUUGGUCAAAGACGAUGUUUUGGAAGCUAUUGAUAGAGCCGUGGAGAUGACAAAGAACAAUGGAGAUUGCGCACUGAACAUCUGCUUCCCAUACACAUCUCGAGAUGAAAUCACAACCGCAAUCAAGACUACCGUGGAAAACUACUCAAAACCUACAUAUACACAACAGCGACCAUUCUCGCAGACUCGAAUUACACAAAAGCUCAAGUCACGGAAUGUCAACUCAGUAUCAAACCAAGAUCUGAGAGAAAUUUCACCUACCCCCUCGAGUAGAUCAGAACCAGACGAAUCCGUGUCAUCAUCGACAACCCUGAACCCCGAGUCGUCGACAACAAGUAGCCCUGAAGCUGGAGUGUUCCCCGACCCCGAACUGAUAUCCGUAGACACGCUUGCAGAAAACCUAUUCACUGCUGGAGAUCCUCCUUUAGACCUCUUAAUCCGAACCAGCGGCGUGAAUAGACUGAGCGACUUUAUGUUAUGGCAAUGCCAUGAGGAUACGGAGAUAGUUUUCUUGGAUUGUUUAUGGCCCGAAUUUGAUUUGUGGCAGUUUUUACCGGUCCUGGUCGAAUGGCAAUGGAAACAGAAGCAUGUGGAAGAGAAGGCUCAGGGCAAUGGAACAAAAGCAUCGAAUAUUAGAAGUCGUUAG